GUUUUCUUGUCACUAAAAAGAAAUAGGACCCCACAAUAAACCUUUGGCCGGCUCAUUUACACAGGACGCCUUCCGUAGUAUUUUUGCAAAAGCCGUUUGCUGGGCUCCGGAGAAGGCAAAAGGCUCGAGGCAGCCGGCCGGAAGGGCUCUCGUGGCUUCCUGCUUUGAUUCCUUAGACAGUGUCACCGCGGGCUGGGACUUUGGCCUCGGGGUGGCAGGCGCCACUGCAGCAGCUGUGCAGCGUGCAGGCAGGCCUCGUGGUCCCAGGCGCGCGGCUGGGUCCCCAACGGGCCCAUCCUCCAUUUGUACAUCACUACCGGCGUCAGGCCGCUCCCUCCAGCCGCCGCCCUGUGCAGUGACUUCCCGGAGGCGCCGCGAUCCCCGGCUGGAGGAAGGACGCAGGAGGGCCCCCGGAGGAUGGCACCGGAGAGCUGAGGCCGCCGCACCCCGGCACCCCGCUUGACUGUAGUCUGGUUUUGGGAUGCAGAUGCCAGCUUGGAACCUUGGUACCCAACUCAACCUAGGAGCAGCGUUCUUUAAAUGGUACAGCUCACGGCUGGGCCCAUCUCCAUCCUCCUCCUCGGGGUUCCACGGAGGCUUCUCGAUGAACUUGGUCCCCUUCUGCCGGCAACCCCUGGGCAGGAGACAUGGCUCUCCUCAGAUGGGGUCUGGGAAGACAGAACGUCCACCGGUCGAACAGGGUGCUCCUGCUGAAACUCACAGUCAUCAUCAUCUCCGUGCUUCUGCUUUGUGAAUAUUUCAUCUAUUACCUCGUCAUCUUUCGGUGCCGUUGGCCAGAGGUGAAGACGCUAGCCCAUGGCGAUAGCCAGGAGCCUGUACUGAAAGCCAUGUUUCUGGCUGACACUCACUUGCUUGGGGAGAUAAGAGGACACUGGCUGGACAAAUUACGGAGGGAGUGGCAAAUGGAGAGAGCCUUUCAGACAGCUCUGUGGUUGCUGCAGCCAGAAGUCGUCUUCAUUUUGGGGGACAUCUUUGAUGAAGGGAAGUGGAGCACUCCCCAGGCCUGGGUGGAUGAUGUCCAGCGGUUUCAGAAGAUGUUCAGGCACGGCAGCCACGUGCAGCUGAAGGUGGUUAUCGGCAAUCAUGACAUUGGCUUCCACUAUCAGAUGAGUAAAUACAGAAUAAAACGAUUUGAAGAAGUGUUCAGCUCAGAAAGGCUCUUCUCUUGGAAAGGAGUUAAUUUUGUGAUGGUCAACAGCGUCGCCAUGGAAGGGGAUGGUUGUAGCAUCUGCUCUGAAGCGGAAGCUGAACUCAGAGAGAUUUCUCGUAAACUGAAUUGCUCCCGAGAGCAGGUGCAAGGAUCCAGCCAGUGUGAAGGUGAGCAGCGGCUCCCCUUUUCCGCCCCCGUGUUGCUGCAGCACUACCCUCUCUACCGGGCCAGUGAUGCUAACUGUUCUGGUGAAGAUGCUGCUCCUCCAGAGGAAAGGAAUGUCCCCUUUAAGGAGAAAUAUGAUGUUCUUUCUCAAGAGGCCUCACAAAAGCUGCUGUGGUGGCUCCAGCCUCGCCUGGUCCUGAGUGGCCACACACACAGCGCCUGUGAGGUGCUCCACCCGGGAGGAGUGCUCGAGGUGAGCGUCCCAUCCUUCAGUUGGAGGAACAGAAACAACCCCAGCUUCAUCAUGGGAAGUCUGACAUCCAGAGACUACGCUCUCUCCAAGUGCUACCUCCCAUUUGAGGACAGGGUGCUGACCACCUAUGGCGCGGCGGUUAGCUUCCUUGUGCUCCUCGUCUUAGCUCACUUUGAACGCUUGCCUUCCUCUCUUCUGUCUGGUUGGAAGCGGUGGAGAAUGCACACGAGAAGAUGA